AUGAAUAUGAAUGAAGAAUAUGAGCAAGAUACACCUACAAGCAAUGCAGAUAUGAAUGAAAACAAUGAAUACUCUGAGCCUAGGGGUGAACCAGGUCAAAUGAAUGAAUACACCUUGAUGAUGAGAAUAAUGGCAUACAUGGAGAAACAGGACAGAUUGAUGGAAAUACUCAUACAAAAACUAGGUGGAGACUCCGAUUCUUUGUCAAUAUGGAAUCAAAUGAAUAUCUUUGAACAGAGGGAUGAUUUGAUGGAUCAACUGGCUACGCGUGCCACUGCCACUUCUACAACUACUACACCUACCACUGCCAUUGCUCCUAGCCACUCUCCAUUCACUGUGAGAACCACUGCGAGAACCAUUGCAAGAAUAACUGCAAGAACUGUCAUGGAAACCACUGCGAGAACCACUAUGAGAAUCACUACAAGAGUCACUGCAAGAAUCACUCAUCCACACUACUACUACAAGCUGAGACCUCACAACCGCUGA